UCUCUCAUUGCAACUUUUGCAGGCACUCACUCCACAGACAUGAUCACCAGCUGAAGCCAAGACCUGCAAUUUGGCUCUUUUUUUAGAGCCAAAACACCAUCGAUCCCCGUGGAGUUAGUUGCAGACAUUCUUUCUUCAUCACGCACCCCGGGCCGAUGAUCAAAUUGAAAUUCUGGAUGUGAUUUUUUAUUCUUUUAUCCUUUUUCUCUCCCUGAUGAACUGGGUUAGUAAUGCAGGAGACAGCAGCGAUUCUGUCCGCGGCUCAAGAUGGCAGAUUUUUAUUGAGUUGUGAACAGUGCUGUCGCUUCAUUUUUUGCCAUGAAUAACAGAAAUCCUUGCACCGAUGGCCCCUGUAUACGAAGGUAUGGCCUCGCAAGUGCAAGUCUUCUCCCCUCACACUCUCCAGUCAAGUGCCUUCUUUAGCGUGAAGAAACUGAAGGUGGAGCAGAGUUGCAACUGGGAUAUGACAGGGUACGGCACGCACAGCAAGGUCUACAGUCAGAACAGCAAGCAGAGUGUCUCAGUCGCCCCAGUGGGCAUCAACGCCGCCAGUCUCCAGGUCUCCAACUCUUCCCUGUCCUACGAACAGGCCCUCCUCUUCCCGGCCGGCUCGGGGCAUAUCGUAGUGGCCUCGGCUAGCAGCACUUCUGGGGCGGCGGGUCAACUGUUAGGCAGCACCGGAAGCAGCGGAAGCGGCAGCGGAGGCCACAACCUGACGCGCCGCAGCACCGUCAGUCUGCUGGACACAUACCAGCGAUGCGGGCUUAAGCGGAAAAGUGAGGAGCUGGACAACAACAACGGCAGCGGAAGCAGCGUGCACGUGGUUGAGGAGCAGCAACUGCCCGCACCCAUGAUCCAGAACAACGCGCAGAGCGGGGCCACCGUCGCGACGGCGACCGCCUCCACCACGGCGACGUCCAAGAACAGCGGCGCCAACAGCGAGGGCGACUACCAGCUCUUGCAGCACGAGGUGCUUUGCUCCAUGACCAACACCUACGAGGUGCUGGAGUUCCUGGGUCGGGGGACGUUCGGGCAGGUGGUGAAGUGCUGGAAGCGCGGCACCAGUGAGAUCGUGGCCAUCAAGAUCCUCAAGAACCACCCUUCGUACGCGCGGCAGGGCCAGAUCGAAGUGAGCAUACUUGCGCGGCUGAGCACGGAGAGCGCGGACGACUACAACUUCGUUCGAGCGUACGAGUGCUUCCAGCACAAGAACCACACGUGCCUGGUCUUUGAGAUGUUGGAGCAGAAUCUGUACGACUUCCUCAAGCAGAACAAGUUCAGCCCAUUGCCGCUCAAGUACAUCCGACCCAUCCUGCAGCAGGUGGCCACUGCCCUCAUGAAGCUCAAGAGCCUCGGACUGAUCCACGCCGACUUGAAGCCUGAGAACAUCAUGCUCGUUGACCCAGCCCGCCAACCCUACAGGGUCAAGGUCAUCGACUUCGGAUCAGCUAGUCACGUCUCCAAAGCGGUGUGCUCUACCUACCUGCAGUCCAGAUACUACAGAGCUCCAGAGAUCAUCCUGGGUCUGCCGUUCUGUGAGGCCAUAGACAUGUGGUCCCUGGGUUGUGUCAUCGCUGAGCUGUUUCUGGGCUGGCCGCUCUACCCCGGAGCCUCUGAGUAUGACCAGAUCCGGUACAUCUCUCAAACGCAGGGCUUGCCAGCGGAGUAUCUGUUAAGCGCAGGGACGAAAACAACCAGGUUUUUCAACAGAGACCCCGACUCCACCUAUCCUCUAUGGAGACUGAAGACACCUGAGGACCAUGAGGCAGAGACGGGGAUCAAAUCUAAAGAAGCUCGCAAGUACAUCUUCAACUGCCUGGACGAUAUGGCACAGGUGAAUAUGACCACAGACUUGGAGGGCAGCGACAUGCUGGCGGAGAAAGCAGACAGAAGGGAGUUUAUUGACCUGCUGACCAAGAUGCUGACCAUCGACGCAGACAAGAGAAUAACGCCCAUAGAGACACUCAACCACCCCUUUGUCACAAUGACACACUUGCUGGACUUCCCACACAGCACACACGUCAAAUCCUGCUUCCAGAACAUGGAGAUUUGCAAGCGUCGGGUGAACAUGUACGAUACAGUCAAUCAGAGCAAGACGCCCUUUAUAACACAUGUAGCCCCCACCACCUCCACCAAUCUCACCAUGACCUUCAACAACCAGCUUAACACUGUGCAUAGCCAGGCCACCAACCUGGCUCCCUCUUCCACCAGUGCCACCCUUUCCCUUACCAAUCCCGAUGUCUCCAUACUAAAUUACCAAUCUGCACUCUACCAGCCUUCUGCGGCCCCCAUGGCUGCUGUGGCCCCCAGGACCAUGAACCUCCAACCCGGUGCGCCACAACUCUGCGCCGCCCGACCCGAUCCCUUCCAGCAGGCCCUCAUCGUCUGCCCACCUGGCUUCCAAGGUUUGCAAGCUUCACCCUCUAAACACACUGGCUACUCUGUGCGGAUGGAGAAUGCAGUUCCCAUAGUAACACAGGCCCCCGGUGCCCAACCUCUACAGAUCCAGCCGGGCCUUCUGACACAGCAGGCCUGGCCGUCUGGUACUCAACAGAUUCUCCUUCCGCCAGCAUGGCAGCAGCUCACACACACCUCCGUUCAACACGCCACCGUCAUCCCCGACUCCAUGACCAGCUCGCAGCCUCUGGCCAACUGGAGGAAUUCACAUCCCCAUGGCAGCCAUUACAAUCCCAUUAUGCAACAGCCAGCCUUACUGGCAGGUCACGUCACCCUGCCCUCUCAGCAGCCUCUCAAUGUGGGUGUGGCUCAUGUCAUGAGACAGCCAUCAAACAACAACUCCUCCUCCAAAAAGAACAAGCAGCACCAGAUGAACAACAGGAACAUGUCAGCGUACGACGUGUCCUCCACCCAGCCAGUGACAUCACCUCAACGCUCCAAACGAGUGAAGGAGAACACCCCUCCUCGAUGCGCUGUCGUUCAGAACGGCCCGUCCUCAACCUGUGUCCCAUCGCAGAUCUGCGGAGGUGGUGGAGGAGGCGGAUGGGGAGGCGAGCAGGCAUGUAGCACCACACGAGACCACCAUGGUCAACACAACCCACCACGCCAAACCAUCGUCAUCCCCGACACCCCCAGCCCAGCCGUCAGUAUCAUCACCAUCAGCAGCGACACGGAUGAGGAGGACGACCUUAAACAGCCCAAUAACACCAGCACGUCAUCCAAACAGAGGAAGAAUGUGAUCAGCUGUGUGACGGUCCAUGACUCACCUGACUCUGACUCCAGCAAUACCAGCCCGUACGCUGUGGAGUCCCGGCCUAACGGCCCCAACACCAACGGCUACGACUCCAAAGGCGCUGUCCUGGACAACUACAGCAAUGGGAACCCACGCACCAUCAUCAUCCCCCCACUGAAGAGCCAGAGCGGCGAGAAUCUGGGAGAGUGUGACAGACUCCUGCCUGACACGGUGAACCACCAGAACUCCACCUACAAGUUCAAAACCUCCAAUGGGGGCUUGUCUGCCAACAACCACUCUUCGGGAGGCGUGGCCGGAGGCGGGUCAUACCGGCAGCAACGCACGGGACCACACCCCUUUCAGCAGCAGCCUCUAAAUCUCAGCCAGGCCCAGCAGCACAUGGCAGUCGAGCGUAACGGAGGUCACCGGCGGCAGCAGGCCUACAUCACCCCCACAAUGGCCACCCAGGCUCAAUACUCCUUCCACAACAGCCCCACCCACACAGCUAACGUUCAUCCCCACCUGGCCGCUCCUCAUCUCCCCGGGCAGCCACACCUGUAUACCUACACUGCCCCAACGGCCCUGGGCUCCACCGGCACGGUGGCCCACCUGGUCGCCUCGCAGGGUUCGGCACGUCACGCGGUCCAGCACGCUAGCUACCCGCCGGGCAUCGUCCACCAGGUGCCUGUAAGCAUGGGCCACCGCGUGCUGCCGUCGCCCACCCUGCACCACGGCCAGUACCAGGCCCAGUUCGCGCACCAGACCUACAUCAGCGCUUCUCCUGCCUCCACUGUCUACACUGGAUACCCGCUGAGCCCCACCAAGAUGAACCAGUACCCUUACCUCUAAAGCUGAAACACUGGAGCCCAGCCAAUCGCUGCUUACCAUUUCCUUAUCCCACCUAGAGACAGAAAGAGAUGCUGAAGCCUAUCGACCCUUAACCCCAUCCCCUUGAUCCUUUCAUGCUUAAACUUGAAGACAAUGAAGACGCCGAUGGAUAGAGGAAGUGUACUCUCGGAGGGAACAGAAGGGUACUGAGGAGUUUUGCUUUUUUUUUUUUUUAGAUGAGUUUUAUUUUGCCUUCUCAAAAGGGCCAGUUAACGUUUUAUUUCAUGAUCUGGAGGUUUCGUUUCUUUUAAAACAAAAGAAGGAGUUUCCUAGUUUCUUUUACAACAAGGUCUCAUCAACAGGCCGUUUGGGAGAGACAGAGUUUCGUUCGACGGAGGAGAUUUUGUUUGCUUUUCCCUUUCUUGAAAUCAUUCACCGACUGUUUGAGCCGAGGUCACGACGUGGAUGUUUUGAAUUCCUACGAGAAUUUUUUUUGGAUAAGGUGAAAUACGGAUAUCUGCUGCUCUUCAAAGAAAAAAACAUAACGAUGGCCUUGAACUGUCUUAAACGUUUCCAAAUUACACGCGGCGAGCGGUAUCGUGCAUAUUCCGCCGCGCUCUCCGACAACAAACACCUGGAGGAAUCUUCUGGAAAUAGGACGACAAAACUUUCUAGUGUAUUUAUAGACUUCGUUUGUGUUCACAUUUAGAAAAGAAAAAGCGUUUGUCAUACCGUAGAACAUUAGCUGGGCCCCUCUUUGUAGAAUGUAGCAGUCUGCACCCGUUGAUUUCAUGAAGAACCUUUCUGAUACCAAUAGAUUCUUGUUUUUCCUCUUUCAAUGUGAUUGCACAAAGUGGUUACAAUAACAUAGGCAUGUUCAACACGGUAGUCGGUCGUGCGUUUGCGUGCAUGCGUGCGCUCGGCGCAUCUGUGCGACAUAUUCCUCCACAGUCUUAGGUUUAUCAUUGUUACCUCGUAGUGCCUUACAUAUAUUAUGACAGUUUACUUGGCUGGAAACCCUCUAGAACCAGAUGCUAGUCAGAGAGUUGGCUCCUAGGUUGAACAUCUUCAUCCAAGCUGUUUCGUGUUUCGUUUUGUUUAAGUUCCAGGUGUAAGCGUUAACCCUAAACGUUAUUUAAUGCUUCUCGUUUAGCGUGCAUGAGGUCUUUUACAUCUAAAGAUACUUGCCUGGGGUAACGAACCAAAGUCAUCGUUUAAAACUAAAUAACUUUUGUUCUGGAUAGUAGUGGAUAUUAUUAUAUAUAGUGUAUUUACUGUACAUACCGUAGCUAUGCGUUUUCGUAUCACUGAUUUUAGGCUACAUAUGUCAUUAAAAGGGAGACUAAAAUGGGAAAAGUAUCGUUCAAUCAAAUCAAAUAAAACAUACCAGGCAAGAAAAGGUUGUUUGUUUAUGAAAGGCUUAGAAACCUGGGAGGGUUCGAGAAGGAGAGUCUUGUUAGGAGUACAAGGUGGAUUUUGAUGGGAAUUGUUGGGAACGCAAGAAGGCAAAUUCCACAUUUUUAAUGAGAAUAGCAUGUUGGCUUUGAGCACGUUGGUAGAUGCCGAAGGAAGCCGUGCAGCGCGGCUGCACACCAUACUCUGAUUUAAGCGCUCGUUCGAGGUUCUACGAAGAUCUGUGGGGUUUUUAUUCUCAUGUACGCUCCGGGGUUCAAAGUGCCCCUGAUUGCGUGAGGGUAUGUGCAACAACAUGCACCGGAAAUCGAAAUUGGCUUCGUCUUUUUCACUGUUUGUCUUACUGUAGGAAUCACUUCAGUCAGUAUAGAGAUAGCGAACGUGUAGAAAACUGUGGGCCAAUGCUUGUCUUUUUUUUGCUGCUUAUUUAACAUUGAUAUGCUAGCCAAUCAUUUACACCGUGUCCUAACCAUGUGCUCUGCAGUAAAGCGAUUAAAAAAACAAGGAAAUUUAUAUAGUACUUAGUAUAGGAGUUUUAAAGGAUGCAUUAAAUUGACCAAAAGAGGCAGUGAAUUUAUAUUUCGAAGAAAUGCUGUUCUUUUGAACUUUCUAGCAGAAAUAAUAAGAAAUGUGACCCUGGACCACAAAACCAGUCUUAAGUAGCAUGGGUAUAUUUGUAGCAUCAGCCAAAAUUUCAUUGUAUGGGUCAAAAUUAUUGAUUUUUCCUUUAUGCCAGAAAUCAUUAGGAUAUUAAGUAAAGAUCAUGUUCCAUUUAGCAAAUUUCAUACCAUGAAUAUAUACCAAAUCAAAACCUAAUUUUUGAUUAGUAAUAUGCAUUGCUAAGAACUUCAUUUGGACUAUUUUAAAGGUGAUUUUCUCAGUAUUUAGAUUUUUUGUACCCUCAGAUUCCAGAUUUUCAAGCAGUCAAAUAUUGUCCUUUUCAAACAAACCAUACAUCAAUAGAAUGCUUAUUUAUUACACAAAAUGACCCUUACGACCGAUUUUGUCGUCCAGGGUCACAAAUGUUUUUAGAGCAGCAAAUCAGCACAUUAGGACGAUUUCUGAUGGAUCAUGUGACACUGAAGACUAGAAUAACGACUGCUGUAAAUUCAGCUUUGUAUCACAGAUAUAAUUUACAUUUUAAAAUAUAUUAAACAGAAAUUAAAAUUUCACGACAUUAUUGCAUUUUUGUUAAAUAAAUGCAUCCUUGGUGAACAUUAAGAGACUCCAAAAACGAUAUUAACAUGUUUUUUUUUACCUUUAUAAUCAUUUAAGAAUGGAAAGAAUACAAAUUGAUUCAAAUUCAUAAAAUGUACAAAAAAAGAUUUUUGGCGAUUAUGCGCCUGGUUAGGACACUGUGUCUUUGUUUUUUUCGUUUUUAUGUCUUCUGAUGGGCACAUGCUUAUGGAGUAUCUCACAUAUACCCUCUUCUGCCCUCACGUCAUGCCACAGAACUUGCAUUUGAAGUAGUUUUACUUUGAGAUGUUUCUAUUUUAUUGUUUUACUUUGCUAGGUAUAUUGUGUUCUCAUAGAGAGUGUUGCAAUAAUUUUUGUGGAUGUUUAUUAAUUUCUUUAUGCAUCAUUUGUUUGAUUUCUGGUGGUCGAUAUGUAACUGUGAUGUUUAGUAUUCAUAUACGGACCCUCGUCUGAUAGGAAGCGUGGACUUUGUCCAUGUGCUCUGCCAAGAUCUGACACCAUUUAUGUUGUACCCAAGCCUUUGGCUUGCUAGCUUGUCAGAUUGAUUCAUAAAGCUGUGUGUUGUGGCUUAGGAUGCCAAUAGAUUAUAUUUUGUUGUUGUUGUCAUAUAUUUGUUUAAGCUUAAGUUGGAUGCACACAGUUGAGAAAGGCUCCUUCGACGUUUGCAUAAAACAUUCCAUUCCGGAAGGAGCCGUUUCUGACGGCACUGAUCUGUAGUCUCCAGUCUGUCUCACCUCACAGGGACCGGCCUCAACGACCAAAAUCGGGACUCCGCUGGCAUUUAAGGACUUUUUGUUCUUCCCACCAAAGAAUUUCAGCAUGUCAUUGAUGCACAGACGUGUCCCUUGCUGUAAUGGAGAAGACAGAGUGAGUCUCACUGACAUUUGAAAAAUGAAAAAUAUUCUAAAACACAGGUUAGGUCAGGUCGGUGUCAGAAAGGAACCAUACGCAAAAUACAGAUGAGAAAAAUAAUGCAGUUGCUGAACUUAGCACAGUAUAAUCCAUUGGUUUUAUACCUUUCUCAUACCUUCGAUCAGUGUUAGUGUGGACAAAUAUCUGAAUUUGUUUUUUUUUUAGUAAUGUCAAAGCCACACUGAUGCUUUAUUUCAUUUAUUAAAGCUGCUGUCUGUAAUUUGUUACUUGUAAAAAGUAUAAACACUUGGAUUGGAUCAACCAAUAGAGUGCGACGUGGGCGUGACUAUCUGUUAAUCCAACAAAUGGAAAAUUGAGGGUGUGUUAUAUAAAUUACACACUGCAGCUUUAAAUGUCAGCUUUUGUAAGCUUUAUUAUUUUGGUUUUAACUACAUCUUUACGAAUCACAUAGAUAAAUUAGUUUCAUGUAAGGGCCUGUGAAUCCUGAAUCCAGUGCCGUCACCUUUUAUGAAUGUAAAAUUUUAGACUAAAAUAUCUGGAUUGCUCUGGCUAGUAAUCACUAAAAUGCGCAAAUCUCAAGAACGACUUGAUCUAGCAUGAAUUUUAAUCCAAAUUAUGCAUUUAAAUCAUAGAAAGCCCUAUUGAUUCUUCAAAUGAACAAGAAGUCAUAAUAUUGUGAUUUUUUUUUUUUUUUUUUUUUUGUUUAUGUUACCAAAACAAUUUAUUCAGACAAUUUACAGGCGAUUUUGUUUUCCAUCUUAUGUCAAAACACUGCGCACGAAGCUUUAAGGAACCAUAUGUGUCAUAUUGGGGUUUUCUUAAACAUUUAUCUUCACGAAUAUACAACCUACAAUCAAAAACUUUUGACACUGAAAGCAAUGUUAGGACUGAAAAACAUUCCUAAAUGUUCAAAUCCCUGUUGGAUGGCACCCAAAUCAACACUUGUAAAGCACAUGAUCAUGAAUGAACUCAAAAGCUUGCAGAAAUCACAAUGGAUGAUUGUUAUUUUUGUCAUUUGAGUGGCCACAGUACUUCCACAAUUGUAAAGCUCCUUUUGUUUUUUUCUCACGUGUGGGCUGAAGCGGAAGCAUUAGGGGUUAAUGCAUCGUUGAACUUGUGUAUGAAUGUGCUAAGAGGCCAAAUAUGACAAUACGGCCAUCUUCAUAUGUUGUUUUAGAACCAAAAAACGCAAAACAAUAAUCGUUACGCCCAAGAACACUCACCGGUCAAUUUUUUGUUUGUUUGUUUGUUCGUUCUACAGCAUAGUCUCUGUCAGGAGUGUGUAUUACAGAGCGAUUUUACUACAAGCGUGUAACGUAUUGACACGUACAUACGAAUCACCAGUGAAUGCAAGUGAACGUGUUUGUGCAGAAACGUCACUCAUCACACGAGUCGCCACAGUAAACCCGUUAUGUAGCUGUGAUGCACCGUAGCCGUUCGUGCAGCCAUCGAAGACGUGAACAAUUUUCUACUUGCACAGCAGCGAACAUUCACAGUCAAAUGUAAAAACUAAAUAUUUUUCUACAAUGUUUCAAGACCUAAGAAAGCAUCCGACCCCCCGACCCCUGAUUUUUGUCGAUUGCUGUAUGGUUUAUCUCAGUAGUGUGUAUCACAUUAGUUGUUGUCAAAGCUAUUGUGUGCUGCAGUAUUUCCAGGUAUACUUCUUUGUUUAUUGUCCUUUUUUUAUUAUAAUUAUUAUAAUUUUGCUUUGUUUAUUGGGGAUUUGAAGAAGUGUGACGUCUCAUUAUUUCAAUCUGUUAACGUAGCAUUAUAUGUACCCUGUACCUUAGGCUAAUAUUAUUAAGUAUGCUAUGAGAAUGGAUAUUUUACUGGCUUUAUAGAAUGUUAAAAUGAAUAUAAUAAUGACAAUAAUAAGAAUGAUUUAACUCCUAAAAAUUGAGUACUUGCUACUAAGCGCUUGUGUUACCAUUACAAAUGUUGUGUGCUUCUCUUAAUAAUUUUCGUUGUAGAAAAAAAGAAAAAAAAAACCCUGAGUGAAUUUUAUUAGGCUUCAACGACUAAUGAUAGCAGUGUAAAUUCAUGGAGGAUUUUUAACAAACCUGGGGGUUAUAGAAGAAUAUAGUUAUUUUAAUCGUUCUAUUUACUAACUGUAGGGUGUGAAGGGGCUCGCGUCGUGGUGAACUAUGUUAUAGCUUGUUAUUCACUGUUACUUUUGAUCAUUUUUCGGUCUCCAAGGUGAAUCGAGUUAUUAAAGGAAAUUUGUAUGCUCACAUAUGCAUAUUGUAUAUGUGUAGAAAUGUAAUCACACUUUGUCUUGGAUUUACAUUAAACUGUUAAGUCACGGCA